UAUUUUUUAGUUCAAAUUUGCUUUCAUAAAAAAUGUUUGAAUUUUAAUAUAAAAAGAAAUUUCACUUUUUAAAUUUAUAGUUUGUUAUAGUUUGUUAUUUUCUUCUUUUUAAAUUUUAAUAUCAAUUUAGUGUCUCUCAACCAAUUUUUUGGUUUGUGGACUUAUAUUACCUUGAAAUAAGGUAAUGUCUUCUUUAAGAAAUCAGGUAUUCUGAUUAGGUAUUCUAUUAUGAUGAUAGCUAUUUAUUAUCUUGAUAGAAUUCCUUAGUACCUGAUAGAGAAACCAAGAAGCAUUUGUUUAGCUUAAUUAAGUCAUGGAUAAGACAUGGAUGAGAUCAAACCGAUUGUCGAAAGAGUACGAGAAAGGGGUAUGGGAAUUCGUUGAGUUUGCGGUUAAGCACUCCGAAGACCCGCUUCGAAUGCCGUGUCCUUGCUUGGGUUGCUGUUAUGGGGAUAAGGUUGACGGGAAGCAGUUGGGAUCCCAUUUACUACGGUUUGGAAUUGAUAGAAGUUAUACAUGUUGGACAAUGCAUGGUGAGAAAAGUAACGGGAAUGCUGGGUCGAGUUGUAAUAGGAAGUAUGCUUCAAACGACGAUUGCACAGACACAUACGAUUGCGAUCGAGUCGAAGAGAUUGCAGAAGCGCUUGAAGAAGAUCUUGCGGAUUGUCCCAAAAUGUUUGAGAGGUUGGUAAGCGAUGCAGAGAAACCGUUGUAUGAUGGUUGUUCAAAAUUCACAAGAUUGUCUGCGGCGUAUAAUACCCGACCAGUAGGAGCACACUGGUUGCUGCUUGCUAUCAACCCUAUAAGGGAAGUCGUGUAUUAUCUGAAUUCGGUAAAUGGUGAAUGGACCAAUUAUCAGGCCAUGAAGGACAUCGUUGAUUUAUCAAUACAAGUGUUCCGAAGUCAACGGGACGCACAGGUAUCCCGAACUAAAUCUAACAACAUUACUUGGAUCCAAGUGCAGUGUCAGCAAUAGCGAAACAGUUACGAUUGCGGAUACUUUGUUUUGAGGUAUAUGAAAGAAAUUCUUCAGGCGAAUCAAUUAGAGAUUCCGCUCACGUACCUUGACGAAUUCCGUGCUACUGCGUACCCGAAGCUUAAGCUGGAAGAAAUAAAAGAGGAUUUGUGUCAUUUUUAUAUUAAGCGCUUUUUCAUGUAGGAUUUGUGUCGAAUUGAAGUACUAUAAUAUUAUUGAUGUUGUAAUGAUGUAUAUAUAUA